CCCUCCCAGCUCCCAUGCCGCCAGUUUGUUAAAUUAAUGCAGUAAGAAAGUCUGAAGAUCUGAGGGAGUCCUGGCCAAAGGAAGAUGGGCGAGCUCAGAAAAUCGAGAUGCAUCUGAAACCCUGGGCUCCUCAGCCCCGCGGGGUCGCCAUGGACCCUGACAGCCCCUGAAACUUGCCCUGAGCUCUCUCAUGCCUGCAGCCCUGAGCAAUGGGACACCUUUCCUGCAGCGAUCAUAACUUAUUCGGCGGGGACCAGAGAACAGGGAUCGCAAGGCGACAACAGACUCGCACGCAGGCAGGGAAACGAGAUUCCGGGACUCGGUCGCGAUGCGCCAGCCUGGCACAUUCUCCGGGAUUUAACUGAAGGCAGCACCGUCAAUCGCUUCCCCUGGCCCCUAGCCCCCUCAGGCCAGCCCAGGGGCAUAAAGCCCUGCUCUCUCUACCCAAGAUGCUCGCCCAAUCUAACGGUCGGAGGCCAGCGCUCUGAUCGCCACAGAAGAUUUUUUUCCCUUGCAUGGAGCUGGCCGUUUAAACAGAAAAACAGGGGUAAAAAAGAAAAUAUACCCACCCCCAAACGUGCCUCCCCAGCGCCGCAGGGAACCAACAGACAAGCUGGAGUUUAACAAACAGCAAUACUCUUCGCGCUCCUGAAAAGCAGGGCUGGACGCUCUCCGUGGUGCUGAAACGCUUCACGGCUGCCUCUGUCCGUGGUACCUACAGCCCCCUCGUUCCAAUUUCCCCUGGGGCUCUCCCUCCGCGCCCCUGUUCUCCACCUCCCCUUAGCAUCUGGAUUAUUUUUUCAAUAGCGCUCGCUGGUUUUGUAAGUGCCAAUUUGAAACAUUUUUUACCCUCAUAACUCGUGGACUACAAAGCACAAGGACCUGAAAAAUGUACAGCUUCAAUACUCUUCGACUCUACCUUUGGGAGACCAUUGUAUUCUUCAGCCUUGCUGCUUCGAAGGAGGCUGACGCUGCCCGCUCCGCACCCAAGCCUAUGUCACCCUCGGAUUUCCUGGAUAAGCUCAUGGGGAGAACCUCUGGAUACGAUGCCAGGAUCAGGCCCAACUUCAAAGGUCCCCCGGUGAAUGUGAGCUGCAACAUUUUCAUCAACAGCUUCGGCUCCAUUGCUGAGACAACCAUGGACUAUAGGGUCAACAUCUUCCUGCGGCAGCAGUGGAACGACCCCCGGCUGGCCUACAAUGAGUACCCGGAUGACUCUCUGGACCUGGACCCAUCCAUGUUGGAUUCCAUCUGGAAACCCGACCUGUUCUUCGCCAACGAGAAGGGGGCCCACUUCCACGAGAUUACCACAGACAACAAACUGCUGAGGAUCUCCCGGAACGGAAAUGUCCUCUAUAGCAUCAGAAUCACCCUGACACUGGCCUGCCCCAUGGACUUAAAGAAUUUCCCCAUGGAUGUCCAGACAUGUAUCAUGCAACUGGAAAGCUUUGGCUAUACCAUGAAUGACCUGAUCUUCGAGUGGCAGGAGCAGGGAGCUGUGCAGGUGGCAGAUGGACUAACUCUACCCCAGUUUAUCCUGAAAGAAGAGAAGGACUUGAGAUAUUGCACGAAGCAUUACAACACAGGGAAAUUCACCUGCAUUGAGGCCCGGUUCCACCUGGAGCGACAGAUGGGCUACUACCUGAUCCAGAUGUACAUUCCCAGCCUACUUAUUGUCAUCCUUUCAUGGAUAUCCUUCUGGAUCAACAUGGAUGCAGCGCCAGCCCGUGUGGGCCUGGGCAUCACCACUGUGCUCACCAUGACCACCCAGAGCUCAGGCUCCCGAGCAUCCCUGCCCAAGGUGUCCUAUGUGAAAGCCAUUGACAUUUGGAUGGCGGUGUGCCUGCUCUUCGUGUUCUCAGCCCUGCUUGAGUAUGCCGCUGUCAACUUUGUGUCUCGGCAGCACAAAGAGCUGCUCCGAUUCAGGAGGAAGCGAAGACAUCACAAGAGCCCCAUGCUGAAUCUGUUCCAGGAGGAUGAGGCCGGAGAAGGCCGCUUCAACUUCUCUGCUUAUGGGAUGGGCCCAGCCUGUCUGCAGGCCAAGGAUGGCAUCUCAGUCAAAGGCGCCAAUAACAACAAUACCACCAACCCCCCUCCCGCACCGUCUAAGUCCCCAGAGGAGAUGCGAAAACUCUUCAUCCAGAGGGCCAAGAAGAUUGACAAAAUAUCCCGCAUUGGCUUCCCCAUGGCCUUCCUCAUCUUCAACAUGUUCUACUGGAUCAUCUACAAGAUUGUCCGCAGGGAGGACGUCCACAACCAGUGACGGGUCUGGGAUGGGGCGGGAGUGGGGGAGGCUGGGAGAGGGCAGAAUGGAAAUAGCACAGGAAUCUGAGAGCCUAAGGAAGAGAAGGGGAAGAGAGGGAGGGGGCACACAUACACAACUCCCUCUUUCUCUGAAAAAUGUGCAAUAGCAAAAUGCAGUGAUGCAUGAAUCUUAGAAUGUGGCACUA